GCAAUACCGCCGCCUCCGCCGCUUCACCUGCAUCGGUGAAUGUAAAUAGCCGUCGUCUUAUUGUAAUAAGGUUCCAAUGUCUUUGUUAAGUAGGUUCUUUUACAAGAGACCACCAGAUGGGUUACUUGAAUUUGCUGAUAGAGUUUAUGUUUUUGAUUCAUGUUUUUGCACGGAGGUGUUGGCUGAUAGCUUGUACCAAAUCUUCUUGCAUGAAGUUAUCAAUGAUUUACACGAAGAAUUCCCGGAAUCGUCUUUUUUAGCGUUUAAUUUCCGAGAAGGGGAGAAAAAAAGCGUGUUUGCUGAGACUCUUUGUGAGUAUGAUGUUACUGUUCUGGAGUAUCCGAGGCAGUAUGAAGGAUGCCCUAUGCUUCCUUUAUCAUUGAUCCAACAUUUUCUCCGUGUGUGUGAGAGUUGGCUUGCUCGUGGGAACCGUCAGGAUGUUAUUCUUCUUCAUUGCGAAAGAGGAGGAUGGCCACUUUUGGCUUUUAUUCUAGCUAGUUUUCUGAUUUUCAGGAAAGUUCAUAGUGGUGAGCGUAGAACUCUUGAGAUUGUGCAUCGUGAGGCUCCUAAGGGUCUCUUGCAGCUGCUCUCGCCGUUAAAUCCGUUUCCGUCUCAACUUCGUUAUCUUCAGUAUGUAGCGAGGAGGAACAUUAAUCCUGAGUGGCCACCUCCUGAAAGAGCUCUUUCUUUGGAUUGUGUGAUAAUUCGAGGUAUCCCAAACUUUGACUCCCAACAUGGCUGCAGACCAAUUAUACGUAUUUUUGGAAGAAACUAUAGUAGUAAAUCUGGUCUUUCCACGGAGAUGGUGUAUUCUAUGUCUGAUAAGAAAAAACCCCUUCGCCAUUACCGACAGGCAGAAUGUGACGUAAUCAAAAUUGACAUCCAGUGCUGGGUUCAAGGAGAUGUUGUACUGGAGUGUGUGCAUAUGGAUUUAGAUCCAGAACGAGAGGUUAUGAUGUUUCGUGUGAUGUUCAAUACUGCAUUUAUCAGGUCCAACAUACUAAUGUUGAACUCUGACAACUUGGAUAUUCUUUGGGAAGCCAAGGAUCAUUACCCAAAAGGGUUUCGAGCAGAGGUCUUGUUUGGAGAAGUUGAGAAUGCAUUGCCUCAGAAAGUUCCAACCCCAAUAGUAAAUGGUGAUGAGACUGGUGGAUUGCCCAUUGAAGCCUUUUCUAGAGUUCAAGAACUUUUUAGCGGUGUGGAUUUGGCUGAGAAUGGAGAUGAUGCUGCUUUGUGGUUGCUAAAACAACUUGCUGCCAUAAAUGAUGCGAAAGAGUUUUCAAGAUUUCGGCACAAAGGGAGUUUUUAUUUUAAUUCUCCUGACUCUGAAGAGGAGACAAACACAUCUAGUGCCGCUGAUAGUUCAGAUGAAGGCUUUGAUGCCAUUCAGAGACCUCAUAUUCGUAUACCUUUUGAUAAUGAUGAAACAGACGACAUUACUUUGUCUGUCCCUCAUGAAUCUUCAGAGGAGCCUCAUGAAUUCUCUCGUCACCAACAUCAUGAAGUUCCAGCAAAAGACAGUGUCGACCCUUUGACUCUUCCAUCAGAUCCACCAUCUUCUGUUGCUCAUGUCACACUUCUGCCUCCACCGCCACCACCACCUCCUCCCCCUCCUUUUAUGAGCACAGCCUCAUUUUCACCCCCACCACCACCCCCACCGCCGCCACCUCUCCCUAGUUUCAGCAAUAGAGAUCCUUUGACAACAUCGCAUCAGCCUACCAACAAAACCCCUCCACCACCACCUCCUCCGCCACCUCCUUUUAGAAGCAUCCCUCCGCCAUUAGCUCAACCACCACCACCACGUCCUCCCCCUCCUCCUCCUCCUCCGCCACCUUCUUCUAGAAGCAUUCCUCCACCCUCAGCACCACCGCCACCACCGCCACCUUCGUUUGGGAGCACACGAAAUAAGCUUCAGGCGCAACCACCUCCGCCUCCACCUCCUCCUCCAAUCCAAGCAACUCCUGCUGCUAAAUGUGCACCACCACCACCACCACCCCCGCCUCCACCUACAUCUCAUUCUGGUUCUAUUCGUGUUGGCCCACCUUCGGCACCACCACCACCACCUCCUCCUCCUAAAGCUAAUAUUUCAAAUGCCCCCAAGCCUCCACCCCCUCCGCCACUUCCUCCUUCAUCCACAAGGUUUGGUGCUCCCCCUCCACCUCCACCACCGCCACUAUCCAAGACCCAUGCUCCGCCUCCACCACCUCUAUCCAAGACCCCUGUUCCUCCUCCUCCACCAGGGCUGGGUCGUGGUACAAGUAGUGGCCCACCACCAGUGGGAGCUAAAGGUUCAAAUGCACCACCACCACCUCCUCCUGCAGGAAGGGGCAGAGCUUCCUCGGGACUUGGAAGAGGCCGAGGCGUGAGUGUUCCUACUGCUGCACCUAAGAAAGCCGUGUUAAAACCUUUGCAUUGGUCUAAAGUUACUCGGGCAGCAAAAGGUAGUUUGUGGGCUGAUAGUCAGAAGCAGGAAAAUCAACCACGGGCCCCUGAAAUAGAUAUAUCAGAGCUCGAGAGUCUUUUUUCUGCAGUUUCAGAUACCACAGCUAAGAAAAGCACAGGUCGCAGGGGUUCUAGCAUCAGCAAACCUGAGAAAGUUCAACUGGUUGACCUGCGAAGAGCAAAUAACUGUGAAAUUAUGCUUACGAAAAUAAAGAUUCCUCUACCAGAUAUGCUUAGUGCAGUUCUAGCCUUGGAUUCGUCAGCUCUGGAUAUCGACCAGGUUGAAAAUCUCAUAAAAUUUUGUCCGACCAAGGAAGAAAUGGAAAUGUUGAGGAAUUAUACUGGUGACAAGGAAAUGCUUGGAAAGUGCGAACAGUUUUUCAUGGAACUAAUGAAGGUUCCACGUAUAGAAGCAAAGUUACGAGUGUUUGGCUUUAAGAUUACCUUUGCUUCUCAGGUGGAAGAGUUAAAAAGCUGCUUAAAUACAAUAAACGCUGCUACUAAAGAGGUGAAGGAGUCUGCAAAGUUGCGUCAAAUUAUGCAAACAAUUUUAACAUUGGGAAAUGCUCUAAAUCAGGGAACUGCGAGAGGUUCUGCUGUGGGGUUCAAACUGGACAGUCUUCUUAAAUUAUCUGAUACUCGUGCUAGAAAUAACAAAAUGACUUUGAUGCAUUACUUAUGCAAGCUUGUUGGUGAAAAAAUGCCAGAAUUGUUGGAUUUUGCUAAUGACCUUGUUCACUUAGAAGCUGCUUCGAAGAUUGAAUUGAAAACGUUGGCUGAAGAAAUGCAAGCGGCGACUAAAGGCCUUGAGAAGGUUGAGCAAGAACUAAUGGCUUCAGAAAACGAUGGUGCAAUUUCUUUGGGCUUCAGGAAGGUCUUGAAAGAGUUUCUUGAUAUAGCUGAUGAGGAAGUGAAGACGCUUGCUUCGUUAUAUUCAGAAGUGGGAAGAAAUGCAGAUUCUUUGUCUCACUACUUCGGUGAGGAUCCAGCUCGAUGUCCUUUCGAGCAAGUGACCAAGAUUCUGACUCUUUUCAUGAAAACAUUCAUCAAAUCUCGAGAGGAGAAUGAAAAACAAGCCGAGGCUGAGAAGAAGAAACUGGAAAAAGAAGCAAUAAAGGAGAAGUCAGCGACAAAGAAAGAUGGCGCUGAUAACGACAACGAUCUUAUCCAGCAGAUCCAUAGACAUAGAACAUGAUCAAACAUCGGCCUUUAACCAAGACCCGAGGUUUUCAGAUCGAUAAAAGCUUUGUUUUAUAGGACUCAAUGUUGCACAUACGGAACAAGAGCAGAGAUCUUUCCUAGAUCUUAGACAAAGUAGUGUUUAGAUGGAAGUGUUUUAUUAUCUCUGAUCUCUUCAUUGAUGUAAAAAUCAGAGGUUCGUGUUUAUGUCCCAGUCCUAGAAAUAUUUGA